CACCACCACAUCUCCAGCAAGUGCAACGCUGCCAACACCUCCUCCUUCACCACCUGCACCAUGAAGACCGUCAUCCUCGCCGCCUUGGUCGCCGUGGCCGUCGCUGCCCAGCUGCCCGGGGAGCCGACGCCCAUACCCAUCGUCCGUCAGUCUCAGGUCAACCCCGAACUCGGCGCUCACAACUUCGAGUUCGAGUCCGCCAACGGCAUCCAGGUGCAGGAGUCAGGCUCCGAGGGCAGCCUUGGCGGCGCCAACCGCAUCGGAGAAUACAGUUACGUUCAGGAGGACGGCACCGUAGCCAAGGUGCAGUUCGUAGCUGACGAGAACGGCUACCAGCCCCAGUCCGACCUGCUGCCCGUGGCCCCAGAGUUCCCCCACCCCAUCCCCCAGUUCGUCCUCGACCAGAUCGCCUUCGCCGAGGCCGAGAGGGAACGCCUGGCCCGCGAGGGCAAGACCCCCCAGUAAGGCCACCAGCUAGUACGACCUUCGACAGCUUCACAAGACGAUGCAACAGUCUUGGGAGCCUCCUUCUCCCUGUCUGACUAUCUUUUGUAUUUAUUAGUGCAAAUAAAUUAUUUACUAUCA